UGGGUAUGGUAGGAAGGACAGGCCACAAGUGAUGUCUGGUAUUUCUUCCACUGCCACCAUGCUUAAGGCUGCAUUUCUGCCCGUGGUCUGUUUAGUAGUCUCCUACAUUACAAACAGCUGCUCUUGCUCAUCAGCCUGAGGUCUGUGCCCUCAUCUAYUCCGUCCGUCCUCGAAGUCUGCAUCACCAGUCCCUCUACCCUGAUCUCUGCCAAGGAAUGAAAAAAGAGAAAGAGAGGGAAAUAGUAAUUAUAGUUGACGAAAACAUUUAACGUUUUCUUACAGUUGAAGAUUCUGUUUUCUUCCGCUGAUCAUUGACAGAUAGUGGAUUUGAUCCCUCAACACAUCAAGCCAACUGGUGAGAGACUCAAUUUUCUGCCCAGAGGAGAGAGAUAAACAGCUUUCUGUUUGGACUCUUUUGAGAGACUCGACAUUGGGGACAAACCCAGUCAUCUUUAGCCAGGACACUGAAAGAGACUAAGUUUGCUGCUUUACCCUGACAGACACAACUUUCUGUGUCAAGACAAGACGAGCAGUCUUCUGUCUGAACAGAGACACACCCCUAGAAAGAGAGACCAAGACCUCUGGAUUUCACCCUCUCAGGGACAGCUUUUUGCCUUAAUACUGAAACGGAGACUACGACUGUUCUACUACAAUAUUCCUUACCCUAAUAUUGAGAGUCCUUCACUUCUUCCCUGUCACCUGAGCACUGAGAAAACCUUUCUGCAUUUUCAUUUUUAACAGAAAAGGCACCAGCCUGGUCUAAGCAGCUGCAUCUCAGACUUCCUUAAAACUGACAUCCGAUUUCCCAGAUUGCUGGGCCAGGCAGGCAGGGCUGUGGGAACAUACUUGGCUCAAACUAGGCCGUUCCAGAGGUGUGGUGUGUGACGGGUGAUGGCCGACUGGAGUCUCCUGGGMAACUUCUUGGAAGAGGUGCAGGAACACUCRACGUCUGUGGGCAAGGUGUGGCUCACCAUCCUCUUCAUCUUCCGUAUUCUGGUCUUGGGCACGGCCGCCGAGUCGUCAUGGGGCGACGAGCAGGAGGACUUCACCUGCGACACGGAGCAGCCCGGUUGCGAGAACGUUUGUUACGACACGGCCUUCCCCAUCGCCCACAUUCGCUACUGGGUGCUGCAGAUUGUCUUCGUGUCCACACCGUCGCUCAUCUACAUGGGCCACGCCGUGCACACGGUGCGCAUGGAAGAGAAACGCCGGCGCAAGGAGCAGGAGGACCAGGGGGGAGGGGACGGGGAGGAAGGAGGAGGGGAAGGCGGAGAGGAGAAGCAUUAUCUGGAGCACGGGGAAGAGAAGGGGGGAGAGUGCGGGAAGGAGGGCAGCGGCAUGGGCAGGGUGCGUCUGCGCGGGGCGCUGCUGCAGACUUACGUGUUGAGCAUCCUGAUCCGGACGCUAAUGGAGGUGGUCUUCAUCGUGGUGCAGUACAUCCUCUACGGGGUCUUCCUCAAUGCCCUGUACGUGUGCCACAGCCGGCCCUGUCCACACCCGGUUAACUGUUACGUCUCGCGGCCCACGGAGAAGAAUGUGUUCAUCGUGUUCAUGCUGGCCGUGUCGGGCGUGUCGCUGUUUCUCAGCGCCGUGGAGCUCUACCACCUGGCCUUUAAGCAGUGUCAGAGGUUUCUGAGGAGGAAACGACAACAGCAACAACAACAGCAGCAACAGCUGCUACAAGGACGCACGCCCUCAAGUGCUACGGUCAUCACCGCUGAACCUGACAGCCCACGCCGUCCAUCCAUGCCCUGCACCCCGCCCCCAGACUUCAGCCAGUGUGUUAGCUCUCCCCCUCACACACACCCCAUGCAUUCCCAAUCCCACCCCCAUCCUAGCUGCCCCCCCUUCAACAACCGGCUGGCCCACCAGCAGAACUCAGUCAACAUGGCCACUGAGCGCCACCGUGUUGUCCACAAUGACCUUGAAACGGAAGACUUCCUGCACGUGACCUAUGAGGGGCACGCCGACACGCCCAACGCCUGCACCCCGCCCCCUUCGCUGCUCCAAAGCGGCUUCCAAAAUGGUUUCCUGAAGGACAAGAGGCGUCUGAGCAAGACCAGCGGCUCCAGUAGCCGUGUGCGACCCGAUGACUUGGCUGUAUAGCCCCAAUUCCCAACACACACACUGUCCCUGGAUCGUUUCAAACACACACACAAGACUGGGAUGACUAUGACUCAUCUGUUGUGGGGGACUAAUUUCAACACUGCAUGGCACAAGUCAACGAAGUCACAAAGUAUCACAAGUCAUGAAACGUAAUACUCGAACUAAUCAAACACAGCUGUAGAGGGGUUAGUGCCUUCAUAUUUAGCCCUCAGGACUAAUCCACUAAUGUGACUGUCUGAGACCUCUGUCUGACUGCGUCCUAAAUGGCACCCUAUUGCCUAUAUCGCUCACUACUUUAAACCAGGGCACAUAUAGCUUUGGUCAAAAGUAGUGCACUAUAUAGGGGAAUAAGGUGCCAUUUGAGACAGAAACAUUGACUCUGACUGCUGUUGCGGAGUCUCUCCCUGAGAGACAGGGGGGCCUUGUGCCAGACCUGAGAAUGAGUGGGUCACUGCCACACUAUCAGCUCUGUGACACUGACUGGCUGCUGGGGACAGCUAAGUGGGACAGAUGACAGCCAGUCUGUCACUCAGAGAGAGAGAGAUAUAUGAAGGACGGCUGCCUGUCAGUGACCCACAAACGCAACGCGUAGACGAAUGCUCUGCGUGUGUAAGCUCACUCUCUGUCACACAUGCACACGAACACAUACACACACACACUACAUUUACAGAGGCACGCAGACACUUUCGUCGGCAUACAACACAAACACACCAUGUGAAUCCUGAUGUUGUCAUCACUUCCCACCAGUGAUCCAAUAGGACCUACAGGGAUGACCUACCGGGAUGAAAAAAAUGAUUUUCUUGUGUACUAUGUGUGGUUAAAGAGAGACAGACAAACUACAACCUAUUCUGAUCAGGGCUUUAUUUAUGUGGAGCCAUCAUAGGUUAAAGCAGACAUCACAAGCUUCCCAGGUGUGGGGAGGACAUAGGGUAUCUGAACUAUGCACUAUGAACUGACUGACCUGGUGCCCUGUUUCCCAAAACCAUCUUAAGGCUAAAUUCAUCGUUAGAACCUUCGUUGGAGCAUCAUUAUAUCUCAGAGCUUUUUCCCAAAACCAUCGUUAUUAACUUUGCAAUUGAAGACGCUCGUAAUCUAACGACUGCCUCAGACAACUCCUAGAACAGCUAAGUGCGUCAGAUGCUUUUUCGCCCUCCCUCGUCACUUUAUACACACAAAUCUCUGCUAAACAUUGAAUCGCAUGGUUUAUAUGUCUCUGUGACGCCGAUAACUUCAGAACAAAGUCGACUAGAAAUACAAAGAUGCCAAUGUGUUUGCAAUUGAUACAAACAAGUGACAAAUACAAAUAUGCUUCAAAUUAAAACCGAGAUGACUGCAUUAAAAUAUAAACAGUAGGCUGCAGGCCUAUUUUAAUAAUAUUGAAAUAAAUGUAAUGUUCAAUCAA